GAACAGUCAAGAAUAAUCAGGACGUCGUGGAAACGUCAAACGUCAGUGACUCAGUGAGAGAGAACGCAAAACGGUGUCUUGAGUCUUGUUGAUAAAAUAUAAAAAGUAUUUUGUAAAAUCGAAUAACACUUUAAGUUUUAGAAGAAAAAAGUGCUUUAAUACAAAAGUUAAAAAAAGAUUUAAGAUGACACAAGCGUGGAAACAUGUUGAUGACGCAUCAAUGGAUAUAUGGGCAUUUUCCGACUAUAGUGGUCACGAUGUUGACAUACACGAACCUCCCCCGCAAUCUAUAUUGCAUUAUAAUGCUAGGGUAGGUGCUAAUAAUAAUGUGAGCAUCUUUGAUACUGAUUUUCCUCAUGAAGAAGUGACAUAUGUAAGUUCAGGCCGAGGGAGAGGAGGCGUUAGUAAAUUUUUUAAACCUGGACUGCCAGUUAAUCCAUGUCUAGACGAAGAGGAGGAUAUUAAAAGAAGAUUAAGAGAAGUAUCUGGUUUAGGUUAUUCCAAUGAAUUAAUAGAACACCAUUUUAAGAAAACUGUUCCUUCGCCUAAUCAUGUUAAUGAAACGGAGUUCUGCGAUGUUUCGGACGACCACGAUGAUGAUCAGCCAUUAAUUAACGAUUCUCCAGAAAAAAAUAGGUUUAGUUCUCCCGUUUCAUCAAAAACUGAGUCACGUAGAGUAUCAAUAACAAGUCAUUCUUCAAAUACAUCUAGCCCAAAGAAAGAAAUGCCAAUUGACAACCAAGUCAGGCCUCUUCCGCUAAGCCUUAUUCUAAAAAAAGCAAAGGAAAAAACGUCCAGUACUAACAAAGAAAAUAAUUGCUCAGUAGAGUCAUCUUCAAAAUCAAAUGUGCCAAUGAAAGUUUUUAAGAGCGAGUUAAAUCCUGAUGCUGCCGAAUUUAAGUUCUCUCCUAGAAGUUCCUUGAGAUCUGUAAGUUCAAUUCAAGACAGAGAAGAAUCUUCAAUUUUCAAUCCCGAACAAAUUCCAAUUGAAUAUGACUCCAGAGCAAAUAGCGACAGUAGAUGUAGCAGUAGAAGUAGCACAGGAGAAGAACUGGCUUGGAGGAGGAGAGAUGGCAAAGACUCUAGUAAACCUUUAUUUAAUUGGAACCGUCCUGUUAAUGAUUAUUCGAGUGAAGAGGAUAGUUCGUAUAGACAUGCUGUAUCAAGAAGGAAUGGCAGGAGAAGAGAUUUUUCUAGAAUGGAAGUUUUUGACAUACAUUCAGAUAGCGAUUUCCCAACUUUAACUUAAGGUUUAGAUUCAAUAAUUAAAAAAAAAACUACUUUCCAAAAAACUGUGAAAAAAUGGUGGGUGUAUAUAGAAUACGCCAAAGAAAAUUUUAAACAAAAAAUACGAAUGAGC